GGCCUUUAAAAUGAAAAUUGCCUUUGAUGUUGGAUGUUUGAGGGAUCACCUGUAUGCAGCCAUCGCUGUUCUAGUUGGAUUGUUUGGAUGGUUUAUGUCGUUUAUUGGUCUGUGUCUGAUUGGUACUACCAUUGCUCCGUUUGCCAAUGAUGUCAAGCGCAAUCGAAUCAAUUGGUUUUAUACCUUCUUGCAUCUGUUUGUGCUGCUAGCAGUUUCUGCCACCAUUUUCACUCGCACUGUCCGUCCUACUCGAGUAGCUGUUUCGGGCUUUUUGUCCCUCUCUCUUGUGACGCUAUUUUUGGGUAUGGACUUGGCUAUUCUGGAAGCUCAAUUUACUAGUAGUAUUGCUUCUGCUGCCAAUGUCAGGGCUGCCGGUACUUUUUUCCUUACUGCAUCCUUUGCUAUACUCUUGUGCUAUUAUGGUAUUGAAUGGGAAACCAUUUUUGACAAUCAAGAUUCUGGAUAUAUCAAGCCCAGAAACAGUACAUAUGGUCCACCGAUUUCUAGUGCUGCUCCAAGAAGUGCUGGAUUUGCUCUCCCAACAAUGAACUUUAACGCUCCUACAAAGCCUACCCAGUCUGAGCAACCUACAACUUCAAAUCCUAGUCAGUCGCUUAUUUCUAGUGCAGUUCCAAUAGGCAUGGCGCCUGCUCCCACAAGUCGCGCUAACAUGCUCACUUCAAAUACAGCCGUUGUAACUCAGAACAAUACCAUAGGUGGACAGUCUCCCGCUAUGCCUGCGGCCACUGCUACUCCUGGAUCGCUUGCCUUCAAAUCUUCCGCUGCGCCAAGUUCUGCAAUCUCUAAUGAACUGAAUACCGGACGACAAGUCAAAGCGCUCUAUGCAUACACUGCAAAUGCUAGUGAUCCUGCCGAAAUCUCGUUUGUCAAGGGAGAAAUCCUGACAAUUAUUGAAACCAAGGGCAAAUGGUGGCGAGUCACCAAAACCUUGGAAAAUGGAUCCAAAAUGGAUGGCAUUGCACCCAGCAAUUACUUGCAAAUUCUCUAACCCCCUUUUAAACAAAGAUAAAUGAUUUACCAUGGCUCUUGCACACAUACAUUCCAUAUUCAUGAAACAUCUGUCGCCUUGUCAAGGCUCUUAUUUUGUAGCUGCCUUAAUUUUAUCGUUUUGGAGACCGACUUUUUAAAAAGCUGAUUAAACUCUGAUUUUAUGUCUAUUC